CCCUUGCCUUCCUCUGCUCCUCCUCCCACUUCUCUUAGCCAUGAAAUCCAAACAAAGGAUAACUAUUACUACUACCACCAUAGCCAUAGCUACUUUUAUGCAGAUAUGGGUAAUGGGAGAAUCCCUUUACCAAGCUGACAAAAUUGUUGCCCUUCCAGGGCAACCAAAAGUCGGUUUCCAGCAGUUCUCUGGCUACAUCACUGUUGACGACGAGAAGCAGAGAGCUCUGUUUUACUACUUUGUUGAAGCUGAAACUGACCCUUCCUUAAAACCACUUGUUCUUUGGUUAAACGGAGGACCUGGAUGUUCAUCUUUUGGAGCUGGAGCUUUUAUGGAGCAUGGUCCCUUUAAGACAAAUGGGAAGACUCUAGCUAGAAAUAAGUUCAGUUGGAAUAAAGAAGCUAAUAUGUUGUACUUGGAGUCACCAGCAGGUGUUGGCUUUUCAUAUUCAACUGACAAAACAUUUUAUGCAAAUCUGAAUGAUGAUUUCACAGCACGAGAAAAUCUCAUGUUCCUGCAACGCUGGUUGCUUCGUUUUCCUGAGUACAAGAACAGAGAGUUUUACAUUGCGGGAGAGAGCUAUGCAGGGCACUAUGUCCCUCAACUCGCCCAAUUAGUUAUUCAGAGUAAGAUGAAGCAGAAUCUAAAAGGAAUAGCUAUUGGGAAUCCUCUAAUUGAAUUCAACAAUGAUCUGAACUCGGUAGAUGAAUAUUACUGGUCACAUGGUUUGAUAUCAGAUUCUGCUUAUGAGCUUGUGAAGUCAUUAUGCAACAAUUCUCAGUUCACGAGGGAAGCCAUCAAAGGCACCAUUUCCCCUGCUUGUGCUGAAGUUGACAGUAAAGUCUUUGAAAAGAUCUCUAAUUCUAUUGACAGCUAUGAUGUCAUUGCUGACGUCUGCCUAUCGUCCUCCAAUGGGUCGCAAACGUCGUUGCUCAGUCAGCCAGCUUGGUCCAGGUCCAGACUCCGACAUAUUUCAUCUCUCAUGUCGCAAGAUACCGUCCUGAAUCAGCCGCAAGGGGCUAGUGGGAAAGAAGAGGUAGAUGUUUGUGCUGAGGACAAAAUAACCAACUACUUGAACAGGAAAGAUGUGCAAGAAGCUGUACAUGCCAAGCUUGUUGGAGUCACCACCUGGAGCCUAUGCAACCCGCUAGCGCACUAUGAGAAUAACUUUGAGGACUCAACAUUUCAUGUCAUUGGCUCACUAGUUAAGUCGGGCAUUCGUGUAAUGGUUUACAGUGGAGAUCAGGAUUCUGCCAUCCCCUUCACCGGAACUCGAACUUUGGUCUCCAAACUAGCCAAGGUGAUGGGACUCAAAACAACUGUGCCUUACAGGGCUUGGUUCGAGAGUAAACAGGUUGGUGGGUGGACACAGGUUUAUGGGGAUAUAUUAUCCUAUGCAAUCAUCAGAGGAGCGUCUCAUACAGCUCCUUCUACGCAACCAGGGAGAUCCCUUACACUCUUUAAGGCGUUUCUGGUCGGGAAACCUCUGCCAGAUGUUUGAUACCCUACCCUACCAUGUGUUUUAGUCCUUGUAUUGAACUCAUUAAUAAGAUUAGUAUUCAUAUUUCUAUGAAAGAUGAAUAAGAAAUGGUUUUUCUCUAAUACAUAAGAUAGGAAUGA